UGCUGAGGAGCUCAGAGCCUCACACAACUAUGGAGAACACAUCCUUCCAGGAGCCCUACCCCAGCAAACCAGGAGACCAACCUCCUGCAUACAGCCCUGGACCUCCAGUCAUGCAGCCCUCUCCAUACCCGGCUUAUUACCCACCGGGGCCACAGCACAGUGUCCAACAGACCCUCAUCUGUCAACCAACCUCAACCAAUGUGGUGGUGGUGAAUGGGCAGGUGGCAUCAACCCGGCCCCAGUACAAGGAUUACCUCUGCUGGUCCAUCCUGAACUGUCUGUGCUGCUGCUGGCCCAUUGGAAUUGCUGCCAUUAUCUUUUCUUGCAAGACAAGAAGCGACAUCGAUGCCCACAACCAUGACUCCGCAGCCAGAAAUUCCCGCACAACCUUCAAUCUGAAUGUCUCGGCUCUUGUCAUUGGAAUCAUCAUUGAAGUUAUAUUUGCUGUUUACUAUUUUGCUGUAAUGCAGAAAGCGUGACAGACCCGCCCCCGCUCAGCGCCCCCGUCCUAUGCUGGAGUGGCAGAAAUUGUGUAAAAUAAAACGUAUUUCAUCUCUG